AUGGCUGGGUUUAUGAAUAUUGUACUAAAAUUCCUUGUCGAUCAUUUGGACAAGGUCGGGCUAAUUUAUAAGAGAGACAUUGGAUCUUUCUUAAGCUACAAGGUUGGUAAAGGUCACAAAACAACAUUGCCUCCAUCAAAGUCUCAUGUUACGAUAAAUCCGCAAUUUCUCGAGGGCAAGAGAGUUCUGUUCAUCGGGGAUGUCCAUGGCUGUUUUGACGAACUGCAAGAGCUGUACAAUGAAUGUACAGAUCCCAGCAAGGAAACUCUGUUAAUUUUCGUGGGUGAUCUCGUGUUUAAAGGACCCAAGACUCUAGAAGUUAUACGUUUUGUUAGAGAGACAGGCUCGUUUUCCGUCAGAGGGAAUCAUGAACAAUCUAUUUUAACUGAAAUCCUUCACAAAAGAAGAAAAGAACCUGUGCGAGAGAAACGCAAGUUUGUGUACGAUUUGACUCAAGAGGACGAAGAUUUCUUGCAAAAUCUACCUUUCACGAUAAGUGUACCUUCAUUCAAUGUCCUAGUGGUUCAUGGCGGACUGCUGCCGGGAAUACCUGUACAGCAACAAGAUCCUUUGGGUAUGAUGUUCAUCAGAAACUACAUUCCAGAGAAGUUCCAAGGAACAGCAGGAAUUGAGGAAGGCUUGCCAUGGGCGUCAACGUGGAGUGGUCCUCAGCAUAUAGUAUUUGGACACGAUGCUCGCCGAGGUGUGCAGCAAUACAAGUAUGCAACUGGGAUUGACUCUGGAUGUGUGUAUGGGAAUUAUCUGACUGGCAUCUUAAUAGAAGACGGUAUCUGGGCUAAUAGGAAAUUGGUACAAGUCAAAGCAAAGAAAAAAUACACUCUAAAAGAGAGUUGA